CACGCAACACUAGGGCGCUCAAAUCGCACUCGACACGACAAAACACAGACUUACGCAUGGCGCUUGUGAAUAUGUUCAACAUAAGCGAUGAGAAUGCGUUCCUUAACGACUUGUAUAUGUACGAUGACUGGUCAAUGAACGUGUGUAGCAACAUGACUAUCGGCGAGGAGGAGGAAGAAUCAAACAACGAUGUACAAGAGCUGUUUGACCCGGUGGAGGAUGACGAGAGAAGUUGUUGUCCUACAGAGAGUAGCGCUAGUGAAAACAACACCAGUACCACUGAGAACAACACGAGAAACGGUAGUCGUACAGAAGUUCUGGAAGAGUUCACAGACGAACAGCUGUUGAAAAUCCCGGUUAAAGAGUUAAACAGAAAGAUGCGCGGACUAGAAAACUCAGAAAUAGUCAGGCUACGCAAGCGAAGGCGAAGUCUGAAAAAUCGCAUCUAUGCGAGUGUGUGCAAAAAGAAGCGAGUGGCGGAGCAGAAAACAUACGAGGUCCAGAAUAGGAUACUAGUAAAGGAACGAAACACGUUGAAGAUGGAGCUGGAAAAAGUAAAAACGGAGAGGGACAAAAUAAAAGAAGCGUACCAAACGCUCGAGAAAGUAUUCAUCAUGUUAUCUGGGGUGGCUAACAAGACUGCCUCCCAGGUUCAUGCGACUACAUAGAACACGCACUUCUUCAGGCAGACUCUGAAGACGAGAAUCACUUCAACAGCGAGUUAUAUCAAUCAACACCGAGUUAUAUCGUACUUGCGUUCUACUAAGAGCUAGCUUAAAGUAUUAUAUUCUAGUUACACAGAAAGUAAAGUUAUGUUCAAGGACACCUUACAAGAUACCUAGGGGCGCGGCUGCCCUACCGAGAACUUGCAAAAUUGACACAAAACCUUAUUAGGCAUACCAUUUUAGUUGGGUUGCUAAGAUAACGCUUUUUUGUUUACUUUGUAUCCUAAAAUAAGCGCUGUUUAGCUUAAUUGUUUAUUCAUUGGCUCGUUUGACUAAUGGUCGAGUUCUUUAUGUAUUUUGUCAUAAAAGUUCGCUAUUUAUUUUGGUAAUUCCAAUCUUCAAGAAAACUUAUACUGUAUAUAAAUAAGACACAAUCUUGAGUUGCUUAUACUGCAAAAAGGUCCCAUAAUCGUGUGACCGACCAAAGGGAAUUUUUCCUUACACGCAGAGUAUAUGCAUAUGUUAUAUUAUAUUGGUCAAGAAAAACGAAAAUUGUCACUACAGAAUUGUACAUACAGACGAUAUGAUAAAAUAUCCAGAUAAUAAAAGCUUUAUUUCGAA